AGGUAACGUCGUCGUUUUCCGAGAGUCGAUUAAUUAACUGAUUAGACAAAAGAAAGCUGGAACUCAAAAACGGUGGCAACGACGUGCCACGCUUCCCCCACCAAUUUCUCUUUUUUUCUCUUUACCAGAAAAAAAGCCUUUGAUCAUCAUCAUCGUCGACGAGGACUACUGUCUCCGCUUUCUCUCUCCUCAGAAACAAGGUGGAACUUUCGGAGGGAAGGCUGGACGGGUGGUUUUCUGGAAGUGUGGUUAUGGUCUUUUUAGUUAACUAUAGAAUUAUAGCCUUGUUUUUUGUUUUUUGUUGUUUUGUUAAAAGGUGUGAUGGCUUCGACAUCUGGAGACCCUUGGAUGAAGGAGUACAAUGAAGCAACCAAAUUAGCUGAUGAUAUUAAUGGCAUGAUAUCAGAGAAGACUGCAAUGUCAGGUUCAGGACCAGAAUCCCAGCGUCACUUUUCAGCUAUACGGCGAAAGAUCACAAUCUUGGGGAAUAGACUGGAUAGCCUAGAAGCCCUGUUACCUAAGCUUCCUAGUAAGCAGACGAUAACAGAGAGAGAGUUGAACCGCCGUAAGGAUAUGCUUUCCAAUUUGAGAACGAAGACAAACGAAAUGGCAACCACUUUGAACAUGUCAACUUAUGCCAACAGAGACAGCUUACUUGGCCCGGAUACAAAGCCUGUUGAUGCCGUGACUAGAGCUUCUGGGCUGGAUAACCAAGGCAUUGUUAGUCUACAAAGACAAAUCAUGAGAGAGCAAGAUGAUGGCCUUGAACAGUUGGAGGAGAGUGUUGUGUUUACAAAGCAUAUUGCACUCACUGUGAAUGAAGAACUUGAUCUACACACAAGACUCAUUGACAACCUGGAUGAACAUGUUGACAUUACAGGCAGUCGUGUGCAGCGUAUCUCGAGGAGUCUGGCAAUUCUGAACAAGAAAACCAAGGGUAGUUGCUCCAUCUUGUGCCUACUGUUGGCAGUUGCUGGGAUUCUGAUUCUAGUCCUUGCUAUCUUUGUGUUGUUAAAGUAUUUAUGAUUAUAUAUGUAAAAACUGUGUAAAGUUGUGAGAAUUCUUCUUUUUUCUUCUUUCAUUCCUAUUUUUUAUGCUUUUUAUUUCCUUUUGAAGCAAGUGAUUGUUUGGUUUGCCCUACCCUUCUCCUUCUAUAUGAAAUGGAUAAACUACAGAAUUAUAGCGAUUGAGUGAUCAAUUCUUGAAAGUAAAAUUACUACGUUCCCAA